AUGCUUCCUUCGGGACACAUGGGGAGUGCAUCGGCAGACUUCAAAACUGCUUCUCUCAUUUCACUCGCCGAUGCGGCUGAUGCCUUGGCCAAAGCUGCUGCUACCCUAGCAGAAGCUGUUCGAACCGCAACUGAAGCAUUUUCGGUCCAAACUCUAGUCGCCCCGGAGGAAGAAGGGAACCAAGGAAUCAAUAUAGGAAAGGGACCCGAUGACACUGCUAUUACUAAACCAACUGCUGUAGAGGAUGAAAAUCAACGUCCAGGCCCUGGCGUUACUGGCAAGGAUACGAAUAAUGAGUCAGAGCUCUUAGGCGCAGAAAACAAACCCGAAGCUCCUUUGACUACUGCAGGCCCACCGAAAAAAGAACCGAAUCCGUUAAAUCAACCGUAUCAUCUAUUGGUCGAAAAAGAGGUCGACGUCCUCUUAUAUGUGUGUGCAUUGAUCGACAAGCGCCAGCGAGCAAUAUGCUAUAUGCCAUGCGGUACGACUUCGUUGAAGGCUUACAAACAAUUGCUCGAAAGCGUUACCGAAAUCUCUGUUUAUAUUCUCACCUCGACGGCAGCCUCAAAGCUGGAUCAGGCCAUAACAGACUUCCUUGGAAGUAAUGGAUCUAUUCUAUUAGUUCCAGAGUCACUUUCACCUGAUUUUGGGAUUGGAGGAGAUAAAUCUUGGGUAAUUCAUGUCGGGUGGCCGGUCAACGAAACACAAUAUAAUACACAGAGGAAAACCCAUUGUGCCCAAAAUAACGUCCUUGUGGCGUACUCUGGUGAUCGGAAUUUGUAUCCUUCUGGAGAUCGUAUCAUAGGCAUGACUGCACCUUGGCCAAAGGACAACGCCUCAUAUCGCGCAUCUGUUUCUAUACUGCGUCCUCUCUACGAAGUGAUGCUAACUGAAAUCUCACUUGACAUGAAAACACGCGUUUAUCAAGACUGGAUACAAUUUCACGCAAUCCAUGGUCCACGCCACGUGAAAGAAUGGACUGCUACUGUGGUUGUAGAACGGGCAAAUAGUUAUCUCCGGAACAUCUUGAAUUGGAGCGGGCCACAUACUGGGGGCGACAUCCCAUUACCCGAGGUUUCUCCCGGAUUCGUGACUCAGAAUGAACUUCACUCAGCGGUUCAGGACGGAAUUCUUCAGGUCGAGACAGAUUCUGAGCCAGAAAUUACUUCGCCCAGCCCGGCACCAAGGCAGGAAGAAGUGCCUCAGAAAAAUGAGUUCCAGCUUACAACCGGGCAUACUUAUUUUGACCUCGAAGAAGAGUUUGAUGCGAUUCCCUUGAUGUGUUUCAUAUCCGACAAAUAUCACAAAACGAUAUGUCUCUUGGAAGGACAUGCAGCAGUGCGGCACUAUCAAAAACUGUUUUCUAAAAUCACUGGACGCCUUGCCAUUGCCCCGGCAGGUACUAACAACAAUCCGGGUGUAGACGAAGCAGUUUCGCAGUUUCUUUCCGUUUCAGAGCCGGUAAUCUUACUAUUGGCAUACACGACUACAAACCUGCCAUCGACAUUGAAGGAGAAUCUAAUAGAUUGUUGUGUUUACUGGGGACUCGGAUCACCGUUGAAGCAAGGUAACCUUGCUGUUCUUAAAUUCUAUGCUACUGCAUCUAACCAACAUGUGCAAAUGCAUAGGGGAAUGGCUACAAACGAUCUUAAGAGACACCCUAGCGCUGCCUUGCCACUCGACCUCACAGAGAAUUCAAUACUUGCCCCUUUACGUGAUAAAAUGAAGUCAGCCCUUAUAUCAGAUAAGGUUAUUAUGCGUAUGAUAGUCAUGUUUGCAUCCCUAUUAGAAUCGCCUAUAUGGCGUCGGAGCUAUUCCCCGGACUUCCUGAGCGCAGAAGAUGCGGCAAAGCGAGCCAAUCAGUAUGCGGCUAGAGUUUUGCUGCACGGAGACCCGGCAGACGGUAGCAAAAUAUUCCCGCCGGUGUCAGGAAGACCUCCGGCCCCUCGGAUCGCCGUGGAGAAAUUCAAAUUGCAGCCGGCCGUGGAUGCUGGCUUGUUGACCAUUGGUGGAUGA